AGUGCAUAUUAGAUGUUGAUUAUAAAUUACACGAUACCUUUACACGAGUACACAGUAAUCGAUUGACCGCCGGAAAGAAAAUUUGAAACAGUUUUAUUUUGUUUUGCAGUUCAGUAAAACUAAAUAGUAAAAAAUGCCUCUGAUUUUCGAUACAAAGUUCAAGCUGGAAACCAGUGAAAAUUUUGACGAAUUCUGUAAAGCUCUGGGCGUUAUUGAGGUGAUGCGCACGUUGGGCAAAGUCAUGUCUCCGGUGGUGGAGCUGACCAAAAAGCAGGACGGUAAGUUCGUGUUGACGUGCAAUACGAUGAUUAGAAACACGUCGAUGGAGUUCAACCUUGGCGAGGAAUUCAUCGAAGAGACGUUGGACGCCCAUAAAGUGAGGUCGAUCAUUACCCAGGAAGGCAACAAGCUGGUGCACAUUCAAAAAGGGUUGAGCAACAGAAAAGAGACGACGAUAAUCAGAGAAUUCGAACCCGAUCAACUGAAAAUGACUAUGACCGCUGAUGGAGUAACUUGUACGAGAAUUUACAAACCAAUCAAAUAAAUACGGCAUUACAACGUCAAUCGUACUACUAUUGAAGUACAUACCUACCUUUAUAUAUUAAAAUAUUAUUCGGAUUAAACUGAAAUUUGAACUACUGUAAUAUAUUGUAAACAUUAUACAUAAUAAUACGUUUGUUAUAUGAUUAUAUGAACUAAACUUAUAUUAAUA